AGCACCUUUUGGCAACUUCAUCGACGCCCGAAAAGGCAAUAUUAACUUCAUCUUCAACUUAUACAAGCUACAAGACGUUCGUUGCUGUCUGAACAACUUGGUAGCGCUGAUUUGGAGCUACACCUCAUGCUACAGGCCUGCCAUCGGCCUAUAAUAAGCUGCUGACAUUCCCUGGUGCUAAAAUAGCCGUUCACUUCUCCAGGUUACUAAGUUUUGCACUUUCGCCUGUUUAUGUACCCGUGUGUAUUCUGCGCCCAUCCCAUCAUGACGUUGAUCAUAUAAGCCGAUCACUUCCUGAAGGCUAAAUGACAAUGGCUCCUGUCGUGAUUUUUCGGGGUUACAGACCCCUGUCCGCUGAACUAACCUAAAACCUGAAGAUCGAUCAUAGGGCGUGGCGUUGCUCCGUGUCCGCCGAUAACCGGUGAUUGGAAUCAGAGCUCGGAACUCACUCAGGCAUGGAUUGCCCCGUUCAUUCAAACACCAGAACGCAGUCUACACGUGUUUAUGCAGGCCAUUUGGGAUGGUGUCUGCUUGGAUUUGUAGUUACUGCACGGACGGUUUUCAUCAUCUCCAAUCAGGUCUGACAAACCAGCCUCUAACCACCCUACUGCCAGACAUUUAUCCCAGUGCUAAACCUAAUCAAGGAUCAGGAAGAGCCCUAUCUUAGUUCUUGGAGCUGGACAGGUUCCGCCCUUCCGAAUGGGUUAAAUAGCGCUAAGGAAAUUGGAGAUGUCGGUGACUCGAAGGGCAGGGGAGGAAUAUAAUGCUUAUUCCCUGAGCGAAAAUUGGCGCUUGAUUUUUUGACUUCGACAUCUUUGGGAGCUGGAUACAUUCCAAUCCGCUUCAAAUAUUUUGACCUUGAGCGACGUGGAGCUUGGUGCUCUUAAUUAAGUUGAUAUCAAAGUAUCUUGAUAUCGCAGCAGGGACGCUCCUUUCUUUCAUUCCCCCCCGUUAGCAAUUUUCCACAAUGAGCAGAACCUCGGUGCAGCUAUCACUCCCGAGCACAUCUCACCAUGCCAUUAUAAGUCCUCUACCUACAGCAAACUCCGGACGUCUCGUGGCGCCUGCAUUGGUUGGCUCUAAUAAUGGAUCACAAAUGGAAUUGGUUCAAAUUCCUCAAACGGCUGAAAAUAUCCCCAAUAAUGAGGGGACACGGCCUGGCCGUAUGUCCAAAGGAAUGGCAGCCGUGAUAAUCAUCUCAGCGUCAAGCAUGGUUUUCAUGAACUCGGUUUUAAACGGCAUGUUGACAGUAGGAUUGCCAUCAAUUGCUCGGGAUACCAAUUUGCCCGACAGUCUCAUGCUAUGGCCAGCAUCGGUUUUCGGCCUGACUUGUGGCUGCACGCUUCUGCUCUCAGGGUCCAUCGGGGAUCUUAUCGGCAGCCGCACCGUCUACCUCACAGGUAGCCUUUUGCUUGCCGCGUUCACUUUAGGCUGUGGCCUGGCAAGAACCGGUAUCCAGCUGAUUAUGUUCCGCGCGAUUUCCGGAAUCGCCAUAUCGAUGUGCCUACCCGCUGCUGUUAGCAUUAUUACCACCUCAUUCCCCACGGGCAGGGGGAGAAAUAUUGCUUUCGGCUGUCUGGGCGCUGCUCAACCAGUGGGCUUUUCUAUGGGCAUUUCCCUCGGGGGUGUACUGGUUGAUACCAUUGGCUGGCGAUAUGGGUUUUACAUUGUCACUUGUGCCACCGCCCCGUUCUUUCUCCUUGCCCUCUGGGGAAUUCCCAAAGAUCCUCGCAAAACAGCCCCUGUUACACGCCAACGCUUAGUCUCUGAAAUUGACUGGGUAGGAAAUGUUCUCAUAUGCGCCUCUCUCGGAAUGUUCUCCUACAGCUUCGCUAUAAUGUCUGGCGGCAUAAAGUCUCUCAUCCGUCCCGGGAAUCUAGUUGUCCUCAUUCUAUCCGCCCUCUUCCUCGUCGCCUUCAUACACUGGGUAAUCCGCCAAGAAUCCCUCAACCGCGUCGCCCUAAUCCCACCGUCCCUCUUCCGCUCCACCCAAAGUAGCCCCAACCGCGCCCGCAACUUCUCCGCAGUCUGCAUCUCCGUCUUCUUCACUUGGGCCAUCUUCAACGGCCACCAAUACUUUACAACCCUCUACUUCCAAAAGGUCCAACACCUCUCCUCGCUGGAAACAUCCGCCCGCUUCGUCCCCAUGAUCGUCUCCGGCGCCCUCGCGAACAUAAUCACAGGCCUCGUCGUCGGCCGCAUCCGCGCUGAUAUCCUCUGCGUCGGCACUGCGGCUGUUUCAGCCAUCGCACCGCUCCUAAUGGCCUUCGCUGACCCGUCGUGGUCCUACUGGACAGCGGCGUUCAUUGCGACAGGAGCAAUCCCGAUAUUGGCAGAUACUCUCUUUACAAUUUCCAAUCUCGUGAUCACGUCUAUUUUCCCGCCGAAGACGCAUGGGUUGGCUGGUGGGGUGUUUAAUACCAUCUCGCAGAUUGGGAUGUCAGUGGGGCUGGCGGUGACGGCGGUUAUUUCUAAUGCAGUGACGGAGGAUGAGAGACGACAGCUUGCGAGUGGUGGUAAGGUUGGCCUGGGCCAUGAUGAAUAUGCCUUGUUGAAAGGGUAUAGGGCCACGUACUGGACAUUGUUCGGGGGGAGUGUUAUUAUUGUCGCGCUGACUUGGUGGGGAUUGAGGCGUAUUGGGAAGGUUGGCCUUAAGACAGAGUGAGCGGGGGAGCAUCAUUCAAAAACUUUUUUUUUCUUUCUUCCUCUCGCCUAGGGGUGUGGAUGAUUGCCUUUCGACGCAACAUUUUAUGCUCCCUUAUGCAUAUUACUUGCAUUUCUUGUGAUCUUGAGAUAUGGAGGAUGAAUCGGCUAGCGGGAAGUUUGGCUUUCAAUUUCAGAAAAAGGUAAUACAAGGAUAGAUCGUGUUCAGAAGAAGAGUUGAAAGUUUUGUUUAUAAUAAUCAGGUUCAUUUAUUCAUCGCUAAGGUUAUCUAAAUUGACCUCUCAAUUAAACAUGGAGGAAGUGGGUAUAUAAACAUAAUGCAUCCCCGUACCUAGGCUCUAGACACGGCGACGAGCAGGGGUCUUUCCUAUAUUCGUUUCAGUGUGCCUCAACUAGUUUACUGCUAACCCGAGUUUUCUCCUUCAGCAAACCCUGAGGUUCCUCUGCAACCUGAUCAUUUUGAGCCUGCUCAUCUCUGAUCUUCUGAAGGAGUGUUGGAUACUAUAUUGGCAAAAUUGACAAGGGGGUCAGUAUCAGCUCUCUAUGUAUAGAUAAAACAAAGUUAGCAAGGAAUAUACACAUACCCAACGCUCUCCAACGUCUGGAUGACUCUUAAUCCGAUUCAUCAGUGUCGCUUCCCCUAGAUGACCCCAUCUUCCCUUCGAAAACGUAAACUCAAUAUCAUCCUGCCGGAUGCCGUUGCGCUUGAUAACCUCCUCACGCAGCGCUUUGACUUGCGUGGGCACGUCCAUGCUUUCGAACGUAGCGUCGUAGCUUACACCCUGGAAGAAGGGGACGCUGUAGCGGGCACCACUACCCCGCGCGGGGCUUAGGACGCGGUGGGUAGUGCUACAUAGACAAAUAUAAUUAGCUAGAGUCGCUUUCG